AUGAUCCCGACUUCAACAGUGCGAUCCGGCAUGCCUGUGAGUGCGAUGGAGCGGGCAAGGGGCAUAGGUCGCACAUGGACUCUGAACUGAUGCUCCUGCUUUUCGGAAUGUCCAGUCGGGCAAGACCUACAUGGGAUGGUGGGGAGAUGUAAGUUGGCUUCGAGAGGAGGCAGCAGGAGCGGGUGGGCUCGGCUGCUUCCGGUGUCACUCCGCUGCGUCGUGUAGAGCGUGUGAGCAUCCUCGCUGGUUGGGGGCUGACGGGGUGUUGAUGGGUGGCACGUACAGAUGGGUGGACCCAAACAAAAGGGCGUGACUCAAUACAGUAAGUGCGACCAAUCGUGGCAACCCGUGCCCACGUCCUGCCGCAGAGGCGAUUGGGCGGACAAUACCGCUCCACCUCUGCAUUUUCCCGUAUCACAGGCACUGAUCAUGUCGGGCCUUAUUGUGUCCAGGUGUCUCGCCUAUGCGACAAGCGUCGAUGCGGGGCGCUUUCUCGCACUGGGCCGUCAACGGCUACAGGCGCAUCAUGGGCCAGGCCGUCUACUUUGUCUUGCCCCUCGGUGCCGGUAAGUUGGCACAUCUAGUCGAUAACUAAGGACGCAUCCGUGGAGGGGGGUGGAUGUUGUGUGCGGGGAGCACGACGAUCGAAGCAGGGCGUGCGGAGCGCUUCGGGGUGUGGCAGGGACAGAGGCGUCACCGCCGAUCGAGAUGGACACGAGUGGCAUGCAGGACACAGAAGCCGCAGCUGACUCGCACCUUUUCUCUACCACCACCACUCCGACUUUGGACAUGCGUUUCCGCUCCGCCGUCACUCCACCUGGACUCACUCCGGCGCGCACCUCUCCUCGGUGGUCCACUCGAACGACGUGCAUUGCUUGCCGAACCCGCCCUGGGAACAUUCCACUCGAACAGGUUACGGCCUCCUCAAAUGGGCCAUCGCCGACAACCACCUGCGCAACUCGAAGGAGGGCCACAUCCAGGGCAAGUUCGCAUAA